GCAGGAAGAAGGAAGCAGCGCUGCCGCCUCUGCCGCUUGCACCCGCCUCCCAGCUUGACUGGCUGCCACCAUGUCGGCCUCUGCAGUCUUCAUUCUGGACGUCAAGGGCAAGCCUCUGAUUAGCCGAAACUACAAAGGCGAUGUGCCCAUGACGGAGAUUGACCACUUCAUGCCGCUGCUCAUGCAGCGAGAGGAGGAGGGCAUGCUGGCCCCGCUGCUGAGCCACGGCCGUGUGCACUUCUUGUGGAUCAAGCACAGCAACCUCUACCUGGUGGCCACCACGCUGAAGAACGCCAAUGCCUCCCUGGUGUACUCCUUCCUGUACAAGACUGUGGAGGUCUUCUGUGAGUAUUUUAAGGAGCUGGAGGAGGAGAGCAUCCGAGACAACUUUGUCAUUGUGUAUGAGCUGCUGGAUGAGCUCAUGGACUUCGGCUUUCCACAGACCACGGACAGCAAGAUCCUGCAGGAGUACAUCACACAGCAGGGCAACAAGCUGGAAACGGGCAAGUCUCGAGUGCCACCCACAGUUACCAAUGCUGUGUCGUGGCGCUCUGAGGGAAUCAAGUACAAAAAGAACGAGGUCUUCAUUGAUGUCAUAGAGUCCGUUAACCUCCUGGUCAACGCUAAUGGAAGUGUCUUGCUCAGCGAGAUUGUGGGCACCAUCAAGCUGAAGGUGUUUCUGUCUGGGAUGCCAGAGCUGCGGCUGGGCCUCAAUGACCGAGUGCUCUUUGAGCUUACUGGCCUUUCAGGCAGCAAGAACAAGUCCGUGGAACUGGAAGAUGUGAAAUUCCACCAGUGCGUGAGGCUCUCACGCUUUGACAAUGACCGCACCAUCUCCUUCAUACCCCCGGAUGGGGACUUUGAACUCAUGUCCUACCGCCUCAGCACCCAGGUCAAACCCCUGAUCUGGAUUGAGUCAGUCAUUGAGAAAUUCUCCCAUAGCCGCGUGGAGAUCAUGGUGAAGGCCAAGGGUCAGUUUAAGAAGCAAUCGGUGGCCAAUGGUGUGGAGAUCUCCGUGCCCGUACCUAGUGAUGCAGAUUCCCCACGCUUCAAGACCAGCGUAGGCAGUGCGAAGUAUGUGCCUGAGAAGAAUGUUGUCAUCUGGAGUAUCAAGUCCUUCCCUGGGGGCAAGGAGUACUUGAUGCGCGCCCACUUUGGCCUCCCCAGCGUGGAGACUGAGGAGGUGGAGGGCCGGCCGCCCAUCGGGGUCAAGUUUGAGAUCCCCUACUUCACUGUUUCUGGCAUCCAGGUGCGUUACAUGAAGAUCAUCGAGAAAAGUGGAUACCAGGCCCUGCCCUGGGUCCGUUACAUCACCCAGAGUGGCGAUUAUCAACUUCGUACCAGCUAGAAGGGAGGAGAAGAAGGGCUUUGACCAUGAGGCUUCCCCCCACCAGCUCCCAGCUGCAGACUGCAGAGAGACAGUGAAUAUAUGUGUGUGUGUGUGUGUGUGUGUGUGUGUGUGUGUGUGAGAGUGUGUGUUCAUGCUGGGUUAGGGCACUGACUUAACACAUUCUUACUGCCAGCACCCAACUCCCUUAACCUCUCAGCUAUCUGGGAUGGUUUCUCUUGUUCCUCACCCUCGGGGCCCUGCCAUCCUGAUUUUAUAUGAAGAAAUAUCGGGGCCCUGAACUGCCCAGCUCCCCACUGUGAGUGCCUUUCUGCAACGACCUGCCUUGGGCAGGUGUAGGGCCCGUCUUUUAUAGCUGCUGAGCCUUGGCCCUGCUGGCCCUCCACCUGAGUUUUAGGGUGUCAUUAAAAUAAGUCUAACAGCUGUGAA